AUGAAAAAGCAUUUGGCGAAGAUAGGUGGAGACAUUAAGAAGUGUUUUAAGGUCCCGUAUGAUGUAGAAAAACAAAUGGAAGGUUUAUUGAAAGAGAUUCAGAAAAGUAAAACUAGUAAAAGGAAAGUAAGUUUCAAUGAAGAGGGGACCGAUGAGUGUGAGGAUGCAAUUGAUGAAGCAAUAACGCAAGAGGAACAACAAACUCCGAGUCAGUUACCAACUAAGGAGGUUGUUGGAGGCGAUCCAAAAAAGAAAGCAAAAAUCAUUAUUCCUCCUAUGUUUGCACCAAGAACAACUCCGGGCAGUCAACGAAGUCUGAAAAGCGUGUUUCAUAACAAAGAGGCGCUUCAUGAAGUUGAUAAGCGAGUGGCUAGAUGGCUUUUGGAUUGUAGGAUUCAUUUCAAUGCAGUUAUGUCACCUUUUUUUCAAGAUAUGUUGGAUGGUGUAGCUGGCUAUGGGCCUGGUUAUAUAGGUCCUUCUUAUGAAUCUUUAAGGGUUAACUUAUUAGCCGAUCUCAAAAGGGAGUGUCAAAUGGUUGUUGAUAGCUAUAGGUCUGCUUGGAAAGAAACUGGAUGUACUCUCAUGGCUGAUGGUUGGACAGAUCAAAGGCAAAGAACGUUGAUUAAUUUUUUGGUUUAUUGUUCGAAAGGGUUGUGCUUUGUGAAAUCUGUUGAUGCCUCAAGUAUGGUUAAAAAUGCUUCUAGCUUGUGUGACUUGUUUUCAGAGGUGAUUGAAUGGAUUGGACCUGAUAAUGUUGUUCAUGUAGUAACCGAUAAUGCUGCGAAUUAUGUUACUGCUGGUAGGCUUAUUAGUAAGAAAUUUGAAAAUAUUCACUGGUCACCUUGUGCUGCUCAUUGCUUGAAUCUUAUUCUAAAAGAUAUAAGCAGCAUGCCACAUAUUUCUAGCCUUGCAACACGUGCUUCGAAGAUUAUUGUGUUUGUAUAUAAUCAUACGGUGUUCUUGUCCUGGCUAAGACAAAAAGAUAAUUGGAAGGAGAUUAUUCGUCCAGGUCCAACUUGUUUUGCCACUGUCUUCCUCACAUUGAUGAGUAUCUUUGAGCGCAAAUCAGAAUUACAACAAUUGGUUGUUGAUACACACUUUACUGGACACAAAUUAGGAAGGAGUGCUAAUGGUAGAGCUGUGAGUGCAAUUAUCCAAGACAAUAAAUUUUGGGAUGAUUGUUUUACUGUAUGCCAAAUUGUGAGUCCGUUGAUUAAAUUGCUGAGGUUUGUAGAUGCCGAUGAUAAACCAUCAUUGGGAAUUGUUUAUAAAGGUAUGCUGAGGUUAGAAAAUGGAAUCAAAGAAAUGUUCAAGCAUAGGAAGAGUGCAUAUCAACCUUACACAGAGAUUAUCAACUCAAGAUGGGACAAACAUUUGAAAAAAAAUCUUCACGCAGCAGCCUAUUUCUUGAAUCCUGAGUGCUUUUUUUCUGAAAAUUAUAGAGAAUCACCUGAUGUCAUGCGAGCUUUACUUGAUCUUGUUACAUUGCAUUGCAAGGUUAAUAAUUUAGAUUCAGUUGAGGCAAUGAAAGAAAUACACUUAUAUAGAGAUCGAAAGGAAAGCUUUGAUAGGCCUAAAGCUGUUCCAGCUGCAAAAAAACUUCAACCUGAUGAAUGGUGGAGGUUGUUUGGUAGUUCUGCUCCAUGUUUACAAAAAAUUGCAGUUCGCAUUCUUAGCCAAGCAUUUGCUUCUUCAGGGAAUGAAAGAAAAAAAAGAAAGCAAAAGUCGCAAUAUGAUCCAAUCGAUAUUGAAACUAUUGAUAAGGUUGAUUUUUGGGUGACGGAAGAGGUUGUUGAAAAAGAGCCUGAUCUUCCAAGUAAUAUUGAAGACUUGCUUCAUGAGAUUGAUGCUGAUUUAGAUCAAGGUGGUGGUGGUGGUAGUACUAGUACAUUUUAUGCUGCACCACUUGCUUUUUCUGGUCCAAGUAGUGGAAAUGAAGGUGAUGAAAUCAAUGAGGCAAAUCUGCAGCAAAUUAUGGAGGAUUUUGAUGAUUGA